GGGCACGACCAUCCGCCAGGACAGCAUUCAAGAUGGUCAACCUCCGCACUCAGAAGCGCCUGGCCGCGUCGGUCAUCGGCUGCGGUGAGCGCAAGAUCUGGCUCGACCCCAACGAGGUCAGCGAGAUCAGCAACGCCAACUCCCGCCAGUCAAUCCGCAAGCUCGUUUCCGAUGGCCUCAUCAUCCGCAAGCCCGUCACCAUGCACUCCAGGUCUCGCGCCCGUGAGCUCAACCUUGCCCGUCGCAUCGGUCGUCACCGUGGCUUCGGUAAGAGGAAGGGUACCGCCGACGCCCGUAUGCCCAGCCAGGUCCUCUGGAUGCGCCGCCUCCGCGUCCUCCGCCGUCUCCUGGUCAAGUACCGCAACAACGGCAAGAUUGACAAGCACCUGUACCACGAGCUCUACCACCUGAGCAAGGGUAACACCUUCAAGCACAAGCGCGCCCUUGUCGAGCACAUCCACCGUGCCAAGGCCGAGAAGGCCCGCGAGACCGCCCUCAAGGAGGAGAUGGACGCCAAGCGCGCGAAGACCAAGGCCGCCCGCGAGCGCAAGUUGGAGAGGCAGACUGCCAAGCGCAACGCUCUCAUGGGCGACGACGAGGAGGAGACCAAAUAAAUGAAGACGACUGCAUCUCGAUCACGGUCCUGAGGAGGCUACAUUCGGAGUCAUCGGGUUGGGUCAUUCUUUUUUUUGCGUCCUACUUGGCCGUCGCGGUGACGAGCAGGGCUUUGGCAUGUAGCAUU